AUGCGGCGCGGCGCACCGGGCCGUGCUCGCUCCUUUCACCACGACCGCGACGAACGACUUGAACCGCGACUUGAACGCGACCUACCUCCUUUGAGGAUCGCACAAUCCGAUCCCCUCGCCAUGUACGCACUCCGGUCUAAUCAGAACUGUACACUAGGGAGACGUCGACGUGACAAUGUGGACUUCGAUAUACCAGAAGAACCGCUAGCGGAGCCUCAGACUCGUUCCUCGACAACGCCUGCGACGACUUGCCACCCAGUCCCUAUCCAGAUUAUGCGUGUUCUUGACCCUGUAAUAGCUCCCAUCUGGGCUCCCAUCUCAGUACAAACCUCGACAGAGAUCCCCUCUCGUACUUCAGUCAAGUCUGUAAACACAUCGCCAAAGCCCACGCAUCUUCCUUGGGAUCAACUCCCAGAGGUUACACGAAUUCGACUGUCUGCUCAGUACGAUCGUCUGGUCACUCGCACCUGGGGAAGUCACUCCAAGCUCUUUGGCGACUCGUGGGCCGGUUAUCUUCGGGCUCUGGGUAUAUCCACUUGCCAGAAGCCUAUGGGAAUCCCAGAGGAAGAUGUGUUCGGCCAGUUCCCCGAUCUAAUUAUUGGUAUGGACGCCGCACAACCGAAAUGCAAUUUUUACGAUUUCUGUCACCAUCAUGCAUUCUCGAACGAUCUGGACACAUCAAUCGAUGAGGCGUUAGCCCAAGUAGGACCUUGGUUCAUGCCAAAGUUCCGUGAACUUGAAGUCAAUGAGCUUCAACCGCAUACUUUGAACCUCCUUCGCAGGGUCAGCAAACGCUGGGGCUUUUAUUUCUCGUAUUCGCCAAACAAGACAGCGGAAGAAGCCCGCGCGAGCAAGCUAUCCCAUGAUCUGAUCCUUGCGACUCAAGAGCUCGGGGCUUUCAUGGAUACUACAACUCACAGUCACGAAGCAAGAGCCUUGGCCCAGCGCUGCUUCAAUGCCCUCUACCUCACCCGCAUCAUUGCCCUCUCCAGAUUCCUAGAUUGCCUACCUCGAGAUAUGGACGCACACCUCGCGCGCAUGAAAUGGGCUGCUUUUCAAUUUGAUCCACCUCGUCUGCCGGAUGGCGAUGACAUAUUCUCUGCGAUUUACCGCCAUAUCACGAGAGCAUAUGGUUCUGUCUUUGAUCUCAAGCGGGCAGCCGAAGGUCGGUUUCGUGCUCUGGUCAAGAAGGACCGGCAUCUUUUCCUUAGGACAAGUAUCUACCCGAUGGUGAUGUUUCAGCUGCCAUUCUAUCUUGCAGUCGAUGAGGUCGAAGCUCCUAUUUUUCAGAGCUCCUCAAGCGGUCGCCGUCCAGCCUGCUCCCCCCUUGGUGUCAGUGCCCUGUUCUAUGGGUUUGACGAACUUUCUUGA